ACAACUCCCAGGGUGCUCCGCGUCCUGGCUUUCGCCUCCACCUCUGCUCCAGGACGCGCGCGCGACCAGGGGAGUCUCGCGCAGAGACCACAACUUCCAGAGUGCUUCGCGUGCUCUCCGGUGUCGCCGCCGCCGAGACCAAGAUGGCCGCAAGACUCGGCGCCUUCCUCAAGAAUGCUUGGGCCAAGGAGCCAGUACUGGUCGUGUCCUUCUUCAUCGGGACCCUCGCUGUAAUUCUGCCCCCAAUCAGCCCCUACUUCAAGUACUCUGUCAUGAUCAACAAGGCCACGCCCUACAACUACCCAGGCCCUGGAGACGUGCUGGUCUCAGCGGCCCCCUCUUAUCCCACAGUGCCUGUCCGCGAUGAUGGGAACAUGCCCGACAUACCCAGCCACCCCCAGGACCCCCAGGGGCCCAGCCUGGAGUGGCUGAAGAACCUGUGAGCACCUCCACUGACCAAGGCGCACCCUCAGCUCCCAAUAAAAAUGUGAAAACCAA